AUGGUUAUAAAUAAUAUUGAUGAAAUUGUGAAAUUUACAAAUGGAAAAAUUGAUUUUUUUAUAUUACAAGAUAAUGCAUGUUCUGAAAAAUGUCCUAUAAAUAAUCCCUAUGAUGAAUAUUCAAUAAAUAAUGUUUUUUUAAAAAAGGAAAAAGAAUUUUACAGUAGAAAUAAAAAAAAAAUAGAAAACUUAGAUUAUUAUAUUAAAGAAUAUAAGAAGUUUAAUGAAAGAAAAAAGAUACAAUUGAAAAGAAAGAAAAAUGUAGACGAUAAUAAAAAUGAAAAUUUAAAAGAAAAUUCUUCUGAAAAUAAAAGUAUAUUUAAAUAUAUAGAAGAAGACGAAGAAUUAAAUGAUAAUCUUAGUGAAAAUAAAAGUAAUGAAUUUUCUGAUGGUUCAUAUGUAUAUAAAAGUGAUACAACUGUUUCUCAUUGUUAUGAUAAUUUAGUAAACUGGAUGUAUUGUCGUUUUAACUCAUUUAAUAUUAAUAUAUAUGUUAAUUCACCAAAUAAUAUAUUUAAAGAAAGUAAAAAUAUAUUUAUUAUAAAAGAAUUUAAUAAAGAAAAAAUAAAUGCAUUAAAAGAUAUAUAUUCAACAUAUACUGGUUUAAAUACAACUUAUGGUGUAUUUUUUUAUACAGUUAACUAUUGUAUAAUGCUUGCUUUAGAAUGUAAUAGAAUAGAUCUACUAAAAAACAAAAUGAAGAAUUUUAAAAUUCUUUAUAAAUUUGAAAAUAUAGAGAAAUAUGUUUUUUUAAAAAAUAAUUUAAAAGACAUUGAUAAUAUAGAUAAAUCGAAUGUAUACUUAACAUGGAAAUAUCCAAAUUUAUUUUCGAGUUACUCAUUUAUUGAUGAAAAUAAUUUUUUUCAAAAAAAUAAAACAAAAAAAUUAUUUAAAGAAAGUUUUUUAUGUUGUAAAGAUUUUGACAAGAUAAAUAUAGAAAAAAAAUGUUGUGAAAAUAAGUCUAAUGAAGAAAAUGAAAAUAUAAAAAAUAAGAAAAGUGAUGAGGAAGAUAUAAGAAAAAAAGGAACAAUAUAUAAAUAUGAUAGAAUAUCAUUUCCUAGAAGAAAUUUAGAAGUUAUACAUCUUAACAACAAACUAAGCUUAAAAAACAUUUUUGCUAUUUAUCCACAAUUCUAUUUAGAUGAUUUAGAUUAUAUAUAUAUUAAAGAUGUAGGUGAUAUACGAAAAAUAAAUAACAAAUGCAUUGAGCAUGAUGAAAAAUUAAAAAAAAUUAAAGUUCUUCUAAAUAGGAACCAAAAUAAUAACACUUUCAUUGAUGACACAUAUAGCAAUUAUCUAUAUUUUAGAAAAACAAUUCAUAAUUUAAAAUCUUCAAUUUUACAUUAUGAUAAUAAUAAAAAAUAUAAGAAAAAAUUAUUAGACGAUUAUAAAUUUAUAUAUAAAAAAAUUAAUUCAAAUUAUAUAAAAGAAGGAAAUCAAAAAGGAGAAAAAAAAAAAAAAAUUUUUCUACUUUUGAAUAAGGAACUAAAUUAUUAUCCUUAUUUUUUUUAUGAUAACAAAUACUCAUAUCAUUUUAAAGGGUUUUCUUAUAUAGGUGAAGAUUAUGGUUACCAUGAAUAUCAGAAUUACUAUAUUCACAACAUUGAAAAUAAAAUAUAUUUCGUUCUCCCAUUAGCAUACAACUACACCUUGAUAUCAAUAAAAAAUGAACCAAUUUGUUUAAUAAGAGGAUAUGGAAAAAAAUUUUCUUUUUAUUUUCCUUAUGAUUAUAAAAAAGGUGAAGUAAUUUAUCCGCAGGAUUUCGAACAAUCAAAUGAAAAGUAUGAAAAAAAUGAUAAAAAAGAAAAUUAUAAAGAAAGGCAUGUUGAAAAUAAUUUAAAUAAAAUAUAUUCUCUCUCAUACAACUACUUUGAUGACACCAUUAUAGCAGGUUCAAAAAACUGUAUUUUCAUUUUUGAUAUACAUGAUCCUAUAUUCAAAAAAAAAAUUACUCUUCUAAACAAAGAAAAAAAAAAAAUUGGAAAAAUUACUUCUAUUUGUUUGGUUCAUUAUUAUGAAGAACUUCAAAAUAAAGAUAAUGAAAUACAACAAAUAAAUUUAUCAAAAAAUGAUGAAUUAUAUGAUAAUAAGAUAAAUGAAACAAAAAUGAAAAAUAAUAAAGUAUAUAGCAAAAAUAUGGGAAGAAAAAAAGAAGAAAAAUUCUUGUCUAAGGAGCAUUAUCAAUGUAAAAGUUUAAUAAAAAAGUAUUUCAGUAAAUAUGAAAAAAUAAAACAAAAUAUAUUUUUCAUUGGAACAAAUAAAGGAAUAAUUUAUAUGUUUAAUGAAAAAGAGGAAAUAUUAGAUGAAAAUAAAAAUAAUUAUAUUAUAAGUAAAACAUGUUUUAUAACUUUAAAAAAUUCAUCAGUCAUACAAAUUAUGUAUUAUGAUGAAAAAAAAAUAAUAGCAAGUUCAUUAAACGACAUAUUCAUAAGACUAUAUGGUUUAAAUAGUAAAUAUGAUAACACAAAAUUUUACAGAGAAAAUAGAGAUAAUCAAAAAUACCAUUUUGACAUAUUAAAGGAUUUUCUUUUUACUGGAGACUUAUAUGGGAAUAUUUUAAUUUAUGAUUUAAAAAAUAAAAAUAUGAUUUUCAAAAAAAAAUUAACAUAUUCUCCAAUUAUUUGUGUAAGUAUUAAUAAAUUACUACCAUUGAUGUUAAUUGCAACUUCUUACAAUUAUUCUCACAGUGUAUCUAAUUAUAUAUAUAAAAAAAAUAAAAAGAUAAUUAUUAAUAAUGCUUAUAAAAAUAAAGGUAUAGAAAAUGCAUCUAAAUCAAUUUUUAUGACAUCCAUGAGUUUAUGGUAUAUUUAUGAGCUAUAUAAUUUAUAUUCAUAA